GGGAGGGGAAGUGUUGUCGGUCCGUGACAUGAAUGAACCAUGUUCGGCAACGGAGGCUCAGCUCUCCCGGUUUGCUCCUUUCUCCUGCUACACCUCGCGGUCCUACCGGUAACGAACAACUGGCCCGUUAAGGACAGAAGUGAAGGGAGGGUGGAGCAGCGUAACAUCCAUCUACAAUCACACAGCUCUGGGAGUCAGAAUGUCAAACAGACCAGCAACAAGGAGGAGGUGUUUCAGUGGUGGGGGGAGUGGUCCAGUUGGUCCUCUUGUUCCAGGAGCUGUGGAGGAGGAGUGAGGAGUCAGGAGAGACAUUGUCUCAUACAGAGGCUGUCCACCACUCAGAACAUAAACAGCUCAUAUUGUGUUGGCUCUCCUAAACAGUACCAGCUCUGUCCAAACCAGCCCUGUCCCAGCCCCAGUGUUAGCUUCAAACAGCACCAGUGUUCCCAAUUCAAUUCUAAAGCCUUUGGAAGAAGAUACUACCAGUGGAUACCUCUGUACCCAGCUGAUUACAUCAGCAUCUCCAGUAAGCCAUGUGACCUGCAGUGCACAACCAUCAGUGGUGAGCGGCAGCUGCUAGUUCCCGCCCACGACGGCACCUUCUGCCACGAUACCAAAUACCAUGGAGUCUGUAUAGAGGGAAUAUGUCAGCCUGUGGGCUGUGAUGGGGAGCUGUACAGCAGUAAGGCAGUGGACAGGUGUGGAGUAUGUGGAGGCAACGGGUCGUCAUGCCACCGCAUCUCUGGAUCAUACAGGAAGGCACUCACACAGUUAGGCUACGUGUUCAUCACCAACAUCCCAGCUGGAGCUUCAGACCUUCAGAUCAUAGAGAGACACAAGACGGAGAACAUCCUGGCUCUGUCAGAUGAAGCUGGGCAUUUCUUCUUCAACGGAAACACUGUGUUUGACAAUCCUCAAAACUUCAGAGUGGCAGGAACAGUGUUUAAAUACCGACGUCCGAGCAAUGUAUUCUCUGACGGGCUGGAGUACAUCAUCGCCCAGGGGCCCACACUUCAGGGCGUCAAUGUUAUGUACUACAACCUGAAUGGGAAGCUCCCCCACAUCACCUACGAGUACACCGUUCCCUGCACAUCUCAUGACAUCACAGCUGCAGAAGGCAUCACCACAGGCCCCUCCCUCUCCCAUCUUAACCUACCCGAUAACAAGGUAAAUGAGGAUGUAAGAGCGACGAAUCACAGCAGAGGGAGUGUCACAUCUGUCCAUCACUACCACACCCAGCUGGGAGCUGAUGGCCAAUCCGAUGUUCAGCUGCAGGAAGAAGAAGAAGAAGAAGAAGAAGAGGAGGACGUCGUCGUAUGGGAGAUCAGGACACCCAGCCCCCCACCGCAAGCCGCCAUGUUGGUCUACAGACCGGCUGACGUCACCAGUCAUGUAUUCAGCAAUAAUGAUGUUGAGGAACAGGGACCUCCAGUGCCGUCUGGCUACCGAAGUUCCUCCAACUCGAUUGACGAGCCAUCCACUGCUGAUGACAACACUGUAAUUCUCCCGUUUCCAGGUAGUGAAGUGAGCGUUCACACCGCAGCCCUGCCAGAAGACGCCCCCUAUCUGCUACUGGAGGAUUUACAUUACAACCAGACGCACUCAAACACGCGCUCUCUCACACAGUCUGUCAAACACACCCUCACUGACUCACAUUCACCAGCAGAGACACAUGUGGAAACUCUGUCUGCCACAGACCCACAGUUACGCUCAGACGCGCUCACAGUUACUGACACACACUCUGUUACUCGCACAGAAUCUGGCACACACUCAGACACACGCACCGCCAUCUUGGUACAGCUGCAACAGGUGUCUGCAGUCCAAGCAGCCCACACAGAGAGCAAUGACUUUGAUGUGGGUCUGGACCCAGAUAUUAGUCUGACAGACAUGUAUCGCUGGAAGGUUUCUGCUUACGCUCCAUGCAGCUCAACCUGUACAGCAGGUAUCACUUCUAGCUAUGCCCUUUGUGUACGGUAUGAUGGUACUGAAGUCGAUGACAGUUACUGUGACUCUCUGACCAGACCGGAGCCCACACAUGAGUUCUGCACUGGAAAGGAAUGCCCUCCAAGAUGGGAGACCAGUGGUUGGAGUGAGUGCUCUCGAACGUGCGGCGAGGGCGUUCAGUAUCGUACUGUGCGCUGCUGGAAGAUGCUGUCACCCGGGCUUGACUCUUCUGUCUACGAUUCACUGUGUCUGUCACAUGACCUUCACAAACCAGCCAAUAGAAAGGUCUGUCUGGGCCAGAGCUGCGGACCCCAGUGGGAGGUGGCAGAGUGGUCAGAGUGCUCGGCUCGGUGUGGCUCUCGGGGUGUCCGUACUCGGGAGGUGCGAUGCUCCUUGGAAAUGAGACUAUGCAACCAGUCCUCUCAGCCAAUAGAAAGUCAAGAGUGUGAAGGGCCGCCCUGUGACAGAAGAUGGACGGUUUCUGACUGGGGACCUUGCUCCGGUGUGUGUGGAGAGGGAAGGAUGGUGCGAGCAGUGAUGUGUCGAUCGUCGGGUGGGGUAGUGAUGUCAGAGGAGCAGUGUGACCAGUCCCUGCGCCCGCUGGCCAUCUAUCCGUGUGGCGACAGAGAUUGCGCCCCCCACUGGGUCGAACAGGAAUGGCAACAGUGUAAUGCUACUUGUGGGCGCGGUGUGCGUCAGCGUCAGGUGGUAUGUGCUGGGCUGGAAGGCGGUGUGUUCAAAGAGUUUCCAGACAGCAGUUGUGACCCAACCAAUAAACCAGAGACCAGCUCCUCCUGCUUCCAGAGACCCUGCUCCAAAUGGUUCACCACAUCCUGGUCUCAGUGCAGUAAGACCUGUGGGAGUGGCGUCCAGGUUCGAGAAGUGAAGUGUUACCAGGGGGAGGAGCUGGUAACCAGGGGCCACAGCUGUGACUCUGCCCUCAAGCCAGAAGCCAGACAGAGUUGUGAAAUCCAGAGUUGUCCGACCGAAGCACCAGCAGCAGCACCGGCCGCAUCAGUAGCAGUAGACGACUCCUGCCAAGACAGACCAACAGCCAACUGUGCCCUAGUCCUAAAGGUGAAACUGUGUUCCCAUUGGUACUACAGAAAGGCCUGCUGCCAGUCCUGCAGGGCACCAAGACUCUGAAGUCUUAACUGUAACCUCUCACCUCAACCCCUUUACACAAACCACUGGUACCAAAGGUCCCAUUAAUAUUGGUGCUACACAAAAGCCUGCUGCUAGCAAUGUAAGGCCUUACAACAUUAAUUUGAACCAUGUAAUGUUUUCCUUCUAUCUCUAAUGUCAAAGGUCAACCUGUGGUCACUGUCUUUACCUCCUACCUGUCAACAUAAUCCCUCUAAUCUUGUUUCCUCUCACCUAGAAUUGCUCUUAAAAGUACAUCUGAUUUUGUAAGUAGUGGUAGCAUCAUCACUACUAAAGGUAAACGAUCAAAAUGACCCCAAGUGCUUGCUCAAAUUAGUCAUCAGUAAAAUAGUUUUGCAGACAGUUCCUGCUCUGUAGCGAUAUGUUUAUCUGAAGUACCAGAAGCAUAAACAGCUUCACGCCUCUUUAUAUCACAAUGCACUCCAUCUGACGGAGGUCCUGACCAUUUACCCGGCAUGCUACUAAAUCUAUUUACUGAGCACCUACUGCCCGGAUAAUGUGAAGGUAGACUAUCUUUAGGACACACUGGGCUUUCUGUUCAUCUGUUGUCUUAACUUCAAAAUAUAAAGAAACAAACCAGCCUUUUGAUAAACA